GUUCAUACGGCUAAGGGUACAGCUGCAGCUGCAUCUGAUGGUCCCAGAUCUGUCUGGUAUUUAUGGGAAGGCAUCAAGAACCUCUCUGCUCCAUCAGCAUCUUGGGCACCACAUGGCUCUUUAAGACUUCAGUAUCAGACUCCAUGAGGAAGUGGCUGAAGUCCACACAGAUGCUGCUGCCACAGCCUGACCUGGCCACCAGCAGUGACUGCUAAACCCUCAGUCUGCUGCUGAGGCUUAGAGCAAAUGAACAACCUGUGAAGAGAUGAACUUGGAGAAGCAGAGACCUAAAAAUGAUUAUCUUUAUCAGAUCCACAAUCCCAGAGAACCUUCUCAGGACAGUGGACUUCUGUGCUGAUCGUUAGGUAGUGACUAACACCAAAGCAUCUUAGUUGCCUAGGAGACACCCAGGGACAGAACAACCUGGAUGAGCAACUAUACUGGACAGUCAUAUUUCACCCUGGUGGGACUCUUCAGCCAAUCUAAACACCCUGCCCUGCUUGCUGUGGUCAUAUUUGUGGUUUUCUUGAUGUCCUUAUCUGGGAACGCCCUCCUGAUCCUGUUGAUACUCUCUGACACCCACCUCCACACACCCAUGUACUUUUUUAUCAGCCAACUGUCCCUCAUGGACAUGAUGUACAUUUCUGUCACUGUGCCCAAGAUGCUCAUGGACCGCGUCCUGGGGAACCACAAGAUCUCAGCUGCUGCCUGUGGGAUGCAGAUGUUCUUAUACAUGUCACUAGGAGGUUCAGAAUUUUUGCUUCUAGCUGCUAUGUCUUAUGACCGCUAUGUGGCCAUCUGUCAUCCACUCCGGUAUCCUGUCCUCAUGAACCACAGGGUGUGUCUCCUCCUGAUAUCAACCUGUUGGAUCCUAGGAUCAUUGGAUGGCUUCAUGUUCACCCCUGUCACCAUGACCUUCCCAUUCUGUGGAUCUCGGGAGAUCCAUCACUUCUUCUGUGAGGCCCCUGCUGUGACAAAGCUCUCCUGCUCAGACACCUGGCUCUAUGAGACCCUCAUGUAUGUGUGCUGUGUGCUCAUGAUUCUUAUUCCUGUGACAGUCAUUUCAGGCUCCUAUUCAUCCAUCCUUCUCACUGUUCUCAGGAUGAACUCAGCAGAGGGCAGGAAGAAGGCCCUUGCCACCUGCUCCUCCCACAUGACUGUGGUCACCCUCUUCUAUGGCGCUGCUAUUUAUACCUACAUUUUCCCUGCUUCCCUCCACAGCCCUGAGAAGGACAUGGUGGUGUCUGUGUUUUACACCAUACUUACCCCUCUGUUGAACCCACUAAUCUAUAGUCUUAGGAAUAAAAAUGUCACAGAGGCUAUGAAGAAACUGUUGGGUAUAAGACUCCACUUUCCAGAAACAGUGAAGUAAACAAUCAGGAGUGCAUAGUUACUUUUCUUUUUUGUUUGUUUGUUUGUUUUGUUUUGUUUUUUGAGACAGGGUUUCUCUGUUUAGCCCUGGCUAUCCUGGAACUCACUCUGUAGACCAGGCUGGCCUCGAACUCAGAAAUCCGCCUGCCUCUUCCUCUGGAGUGCUGGGAUUAAAGGUGUGCGCCACCACGCCCGGCUUGCAUAGUUACUUUUCUUGUCUUUACACAUCUGUUGUUCCAGGUCUCAUGCUGAUGCUUCAUGUCUCAUUCCAUAUUGAUUCCUAUGUGAAGAAUUAGUUGUCCAUUCCCCAAAUUCCAUCAUUAACAUACUUCUCCUCCAUUCACAAACUCUAUUUUUAUUCUGUCUUUGUUAUGCUUUGUGAAGUUAAUAACGUCUACUUUUCUGUGGUACCAUGGUCUUACCUUUCAAAACUUAUGUCCUAUGGAAUAAAAAAUGGUCAUGAUGUGUUCAACUGAUAAAGCAAAGAGUGAGUUGUAAGAAACCUGCUUAGUGAUGUUAACAAGAAAUAAAUUGAGAUAAAUGG